GGGCAGGGUGGCGUUCCUGGUGGUCCUGGUGGAGUUCCUGGUGGUCCUGGUGGUGGUUCUGGUGGUCUUGGUGGUCUUAGUGGUGGUCCUGGUGGUGGUUCUGGUGGUCCUGGUGGUGAUUCUGGUGGUCCUGGUAGAGUUCCUGGUGGUUGUCCUGGAGAUCCUGGUGGUCCUGGUUGUCCUGGUGGAAUUCCUGGUGGUCCUGUUGGUUGUCCUGGUGGUCCUGGUGGUUGUCCUGGUGGUUGUCCUGGUGGUGGUACUGGUGGUCCUAUUGGUGGUUCUGGUGGUCCUGUUGGUUGUCCUGGUGGUCCUGGUGGUCUUAGUGGUGGUUCUGGUGGUCCAUCAACAGAGAAGACCUCCAAGUGUGGUGGUAGCACCAUGGAACUCCGACCACGAGGCCGAGCGGGCAUGGACGGCGGGAAGAAGACGGAGAACGGGGAGAUGAAGAGGAAGAUGAUGGAAAAAGCACCAGAAAAUAUCUAUAAAUGUGAAGAUUGUGAGAAAAAUUGUGGUGUGGAGAUCCAACCACGAAGUCAGCGUUGUAUGGAUUGUGGGAAGGAGACAGAAAAUGGAGAAAGGAUGGAAGAAUUGCCAGAAAAGAUGAAAAAUUUUGGGAAUAAUUGUGGUGUGGAGAUCCAACCAAGAAGUCAACAUUAUCCAACCAAGAAGUCAACAUUGUAUGGAUUGUGGGAAGGAGACAGAACAUGGAGAAAUGAAGAGGAAGAUGAUGGAAGAAGCACCUGA